AUUCUAUAUUUGCUGUCAAAAUUCCCAAGUUGAAGUGAAAGAUGAAGAAUGAAGCAUAUAUUCUAUUUAUAGUACUCUCCCUUAUAGCUUCUCAUUGUAGUUCCUCUACUGAUAUCGGAAUUCAAGCUGCAAAAUCAGUUGAUCUCAUGGUUGAACCGGCAAAACCAAGAAUGAGCACAGCCAGCCGGGAUUUAUUAGGUACUUGGAUAAAAUUAAGAAAACAGGUGACAGAUAGUAUUCAUAAAGUACCUUCUGGACCAAACCCUAUUGGAAAUGUGCAUCCACCAUCAAAGCCAUGAAAGCAGCUGUUGAACUUGAAUGAGAGGAAAUCUGGUCAUAUUUCAUUGUUUCAUGAAUGAUACAUAUGAUGAUGACGCUCCUUCUGCCCAUUGAUUGCGUUAUUUUGUCAAGAAUUAAUUUGUUUUCAGAGUAGUAUUCUAUAUGAAGGCACUUAGUAUAUUUGUGUUGGUGACAUUGAAAGUUGAAACUCCUCUCAUGCUUCUUCUAAGAGCAGAAUUAAUUCA